CCAAAUCCGCAAAGAAGAAGCAGCUGUUAUUUGUGCUGCUCUUGGGUUUUUUUAUCGCUCCCAGCAGCCCUAAAUUGCAAUGCAAACCGGCUUAUUAUAAACAAAAAGAUAUGGAAGACCACCCCGAUCCGGAGCCUGUGCUGCUCUCCAAGCACGCCAAGAACCUGCUGCGGUUCCUCAAUCUCCUGCCUGCUCGCAUGGCCUCGCAUGAUAACACCAGGAGCACCAUUGUAUUCUUCGCCGUCUGCGGCCUGGAUGUACUGAACUCCCUGCACCUGGUGCCCCCACAAAUGCGGCAGGAUAUCAUUGACUGGAUCUACGGAGGAUUGGUGGUGCCACGCGACAACGAGAAGAACUGCGGCGGCUUCAUGGGGUGCCGCGCCAUGGUGCCGAAAAGCGAGGACGCCGAGAUCUUGGAGUGCAUGCGGAAGUACCAGUGGGGACACCUGGCCAUGACGUACACCAGCCUUGCCGUGCUGGUCACCCUGGGCGAUGAUUUGUCCCGCCUGGAUCGCAAGAGCAUUGUGGACGGAGUGGCUGCCGUGCAGAAGGCGGAGGGCAGCUUCAGCGCCUGCAUCGAUGGCAGCGAGGAUGAUAUGCGUUUCGUGUACUGCGCCGCCACCAUCUGCUACAUGCUGGACUACUGGGGCGACGUGAACAAGGAGACCAUGUUUCAGUUCAUCACCCGGAGCCUGCGGUACGAUUACGGUUUCAGCCAGGAGCUGGAGGGCGAGGCCCAUGGAGGCACCACAUUCUGUGCCCUGGCUGCACUGCAUCUCAGUGGCCAGUUGCAUCGUCUGGAUGCCGCAACGGUGGAGCGUAUGAAGCGCUGGCUCAUUUUCCGGCAGAUGGAUGGAUUCCAGGGACGUCCGAAUAAGCCAGUGGACACUUGUUACUCCUUUUGGAUUGGUGCUUCGCUCUGCAUUCUGGACAGCUUCGAGCUGACCGACUACGCCAAGAACCGGGAAUUCAUCUUGAGCACGCAGGAUAAGCUGAUUGGCGGCUUUGCCAAGUGGCCGCAGGCCACUCCAGAUCCAUUUCACACUUACCUAGGCCUCUGCGGUCUGGCCUUCACCGGUGAACCCGGUCUGAGUGCCGUGAAUCCCAGUCUUAACAUGUCCAUGGCCGCAUACGCUCACCUGCAACACCUGCACGAGCAGUGGCGAUCUGAAGAUGGUCGCGGCGAUGCAGACCUAGGUCUGAGCUCCGCCGCCAAGCAGCAACUGCAGCUGACGAAAGGUGGCGAGGAGAAAGCCACCACAACGACUACCUCUAACUCGCCAUUAAUUCCGGCACAAUGAUGGGAAUUUGCACAAAGUCCAAGGGGAAUGUUAAAGCACACUAUUGUAUUUAUAUUGGUCGCAUUUUAGCCACGCUUUUUUACCUGUAUUUUAAUGCGAAAAGCUCGAGCUUUUGGAGAGAGAGAUGAAUAAGUAAGUAUGUUUAUUGUACAGCCUAAACUAAUGUUAACAAUGUGUAAGAUUAAGCUUAAAGGUAAAUUAAAGCGUCCCAUGCUGAGGCAUGUAUUUACAGCAAAAA